AUGUAAAGGCUUUCCAAGAUUUAUUAGAGAGCUUAAAUUGGAUGUUGUAAGGUUGAUGAUGGGCUAUCUAUCGGGAUUAAUUCUGGUAUGACAUACAGAUCAUUGUUAUUUUUUUUAUAAUUAAUCAUAAUGUUAAAAAAAAAAAAUUUCCUCUAUGCAUCAAUUAUUGAUAUUAAUAUCAAGAUGCUGUUUAAGAAAGAAAGAUUAGGUAUGAAGCAAUUUAAUAUUAAAUAGAUUAAUAGAUCAAAAUUAGGUAUAAUUUUUCUUUUGAAAAUGCCAGAAUAAAAUGA